AUGAAAUUCAUCUCAAUUCUGUUCCUUUUGAUAGGCAGUGUAUUUGGUGAAAUCAUCAACACCUGGGAAAAUAUUGAUUAUGCCAAAGUUGUCGAUUUGUCGAAAUCAUUCGUCAAGGAAAGGCAUAUAAUCAAGGCUAUAAACACAGGAAGUGAGCCCGCUUCAACAUACUACUUUGCCAUUCCAAAGAACGUUUCUGAGUCCAUUGCCUUUUCUUUUGCUUCCACCAUUGAUGCGUCAAAGAACGAGGUACCUAUGGAUUCACAUAUCGAUGAAAUUGAAGGUGGAGUUUAUUCGGUGAUCCAGCUUCCAUUUCCCAUUGCCCCUAAAUCGAAAGUGAGCUUUGCUGUGUCAUUGGUUAUUACGAAUCAACUGGAGCCAUUUCCUAGAAAGCAGGCGCUUGGUGAUAUUCAAAAUCUAGUGCUAACAACCAACAAGGCGCCCUAUUCCGCUUAUCCAACAAAAAGCUACAAGAUUAGAUUCCAAGGACCUUCUUCAGCCAAAGAGGUGAAGACAAUCGGUGCAACUGACCCAUUCGGCUGGGAGUUGAAAUCGCUUGAGGGCGGAUUCUCGUACGAUGUUACAGAGGAAUCUUUUGCUCCAUAUACUGAAAGCCCCGUCUCUUUGGUCUACGAAAGAAACUUGCCCUUGCCUUACGUGAAGGACCUUCGCAGAGAUUUGUGGCUUUCUCCAAGAUUAAACACUUUGCAAGUGGAAGAGCAUUACGAUUACUCCAACAAAGCUGCAGAGUUAAUUUCUGGAUUUUCACGAGCUGACUGGAUGAAUAAAAGAAUGUCUACGAAAUCAAGCCCAGCCAUCACUGCUAUCCACUUCCCACUAUACAAAGGUGUCGAAAUAAAGGACAUUUAUUUCACAGAUCUGGUUGGAAACGUGUCAACUUCAUUGGUUAUGGAAAACAACUUAAUCGUCAAACCACGUUUCCCAAUUUUUGGUAAUUGGAACUACAACUUCACCGUUGGCUGGACCCACAAGCUUAGUGAUUUCCUACGAGAAGAUGCUGAGGAUAAGGAUGAAUAUCUACUCGAAGUUCCUCUAAUUGGAGGUUCUACUGACGUUGUUUAUGAAAAAGUCGAGCUGUCGUUUUACUUGCCUGAAGGAGCUGAAUUUAUUUCCGUGCAGUCCCCUCUCGCAAAUACCGAUUAUUCGAUUUCAGAAGUCUAUUCUUAUCUAGACAUUUUUGGAUCCCACACCAAGGUGACAUUACAGUUUGAGAAUUUGGUCGUUGAUCUUAGAAACGUUAAGGUUGGACUCAAAUACAGAUACACUCUUGCCGCCUAUUUGAGGAAACCAAUUUACAUUGGAUUGAGUAUUUUGGUUGCUUUGCUGAGCUAUCUGGGGAUCACCAAGAUUGAUCUCUCCCUGUCCAAAUAA